CCAGUUCGGCUAAGCAUUCGCUUACAUCUUAGAGCCGAAGCCGUGCAACGAUCAGAUAAAGAAGGGUACCGUGGCGUCUGCCAAGUCCCGUCCACUCCGUUGGCAGUUCGCGAGGCGCAGAGCUUAGCAGAGACCGGACACCUAACCAUACGCGCACAGCUUGUGCCAUUAGAGAAUGUUGUACAUUUUGCUCUAAAAUGCAACACUGGUCUUUGCGGGAUAAAGAAGACAGAAUUCAUACAUAAGCGUCGCAGGGAAACAAGGACACACGCCGGGGGACACACUGAAACAACGACCAGGGAGGUGCACACGGAGACACUCAACCGAUCUCAUCGGUCUGUGAUGAGCAUCCUCGUCCGCCAGAGACCAAAGGCCGGCUCCUGUCGUUCCCUCUGAGAGAUAGAGGAAGUGAUGUCACGCCACCAUCACCGCUUCGAACGGGACUACCGGGGCCCGUGGGAGCGCCACCGGGACCUGCGGCCCGCGGGGCUGCACAACGGCGCGGUCGGACACAGCUGCGCCGCCGCCGCCGUCGUCAACGGCAACAACCGGCCGGGCCUCCUCCCGCUGCCCGUCAUCCCCUCGCUCCUGCCCACGCCCCCCGUGACGGUCGCCGUGACGACGUCGAGCGGCGACAUGGCGGUCAAGCGGGGCAUCGCGGCGGCGGCGGCGGUCUCGCUCGCGGCCAGCAAGAGAUGUUGAAGGAGUUGAACCAACAGCGCAGAACGAAAGAGUUUACAGACCUGAAAAUUAUUGUUGAAGGCAAAGAAUUUGAAGUCCACCAAAAUGUUCUAGCUUCCUGCAGCUUGUAUUUCAAGGAUCUGGUGAAAAGGUCGUCGGGGGAGACGCGGAGCGGCGAGAAGCUGGAGCUGACCAUGAGCAACAUCGGCGCCGACGUUCUCGAGCAGCUGCUGGAGUUCGUGUACACAGGCUCGCUGGUCAUCGACUCGGCCAACGCCAAGACCCUGCUGGAAGCUGCCAACAAGUUCCAGUUCAACACCUUCUGCAAAGUCUGCGUCUCCUUCCUGGAGAAACAGCUGACGGCGGCUAACUGUCUGGGAGUGCUGGCGAUGGCAGAGGCCAUGCGGUGCACGGAGCUCCACAACAUGGCCAAGGCCUUCGCUCUGCAGAACUUCCCAGAGGUGGGCGGCCAGGAGGAGAUCCUGGGCGUGUGCAAGGACGACCUGGUGUCCUACCUGUCCAACGACAGCCUCAACACCAAGGCGGAGGAGCUGGUCUACCAGACAGUCAUCAAGUGGAUCAAACGGGACCCCGGCACCAGAGUCCAGCAUAUGCCGGAGCUGCUGGCGGUGGUGCGGCUGCCGUACAUCCACCCGUCCUACCUGCUCAACGUGGUGGACAACGAGGAGCUCAUCAAGUCCUCGGAGGCCUGCAGGGACCUGGUGAACGAGGCCAAGCGGUACCACAUGCUGCCCCACGCCCGCCAGGACAUGCAGACGCCCCGCAGCCGGCCGCGGCUGUCCGCAGGCGUGGCGGAGGUCAUCGUGCUGGUGGGGGGGCGCCAGGCCAUCGGGAUGAACCAGCGUUCCCUGACCGCGGUGGCGUGCUUCAACCCCCAGAACAGCAAGUGGUACCCUCUAGCCAGCCUCCCCUUCUACGACCGCGAGUUCUUCAGCGUCAUCUCGUCCGGGGACAACAUCUACCUAUCAGGCGGCACAGAGUCGGGCGUGGCGGUGGCGGACGUGUGGUGCUACAUGUCCCUGCUGGACAACUGGAACCUGGUGUCGCGCAUGACGGUGGCCCGCUGCCGACACAACAGCCUGGUGUACGACGGCAAGCUGUACACCAUCGGCGGGCUGGGGGCCGCGGGCAACCUGGACCACGUGGAGAG